GUUGUAUUACGAAGCUCUUCUCUUGAAUUAACACGAUUUUUAUUGUCUACACUUGAAUUAUGGGCCAAUCUAACAACAAGGCCCAGAAACCCAACAGGGUGACAGUAAGGAAGCACGGUUGGAUCUCUGACAGCAAUAUUAAAGAGAAAAGGACUGGUGCCCGAAUGCCUGGCUUCAGUUUUGGUUUUGGGAGGAACCGUGUUAAACAGAUUCACCUCAAACCAGAGGAAGCUGAGCCGGCCGGUUUUCAGCCAGAAACUGUUAGGAACCAGUCCAAAUUCUCUCUUCCAUUCUUGUGCUGUCUGUCUUCUCCGGAUGAUCAUCUUGAUGUCAUCCAAACGGAGAGGAUCUCCAACGCUUCCUGUAAAACCGUCAACCAGGACAAGGUUACUGGUGUGGUGGAUGCCUUGUCUGAGAACCAGGAACACAAAAGCCUUUCACUGUGUCAUCCUCUAAACACCAACAGUGGUUUCUCUAAGGAGAACCACCUGACCGUGCUGACUGAGAUACAGAUUCAGAUACAGGAGAAACCGGAGGAACCUUCUAACAGGUUCAGUGAUGGUUUCUUGGAGAAUGACUGCUGGUCUGUGAUGUCUGAAGGCACAUCUGUCUGGUCAGAGGAGGAGGAGGAUGAUGAUGACAGUGCUGCUCUGAGCUAUCCUGGGAUGCUCAGCAAUCGUUCCUGGGGAAAACGAGACAUGGUCACUGAGCAGAUUGAUCUCGACAAGAUCAGUAAUGCAACCUUUGACAUUAACAGUCUGGAUGCAUUACUUGAUGAGGUGGAUGAAUUGCUGGUCCAGAACCAGGACCGCAAAAGUCUUGCUUUAUAUCAUCCUGAAAACCCCAACAAUGGUUUCUCUAAGGAGAACCUGACAGUACUGACUGAGGCAGAACAAGCCAACUCUGCUUCUCAGACUCAGGAGAAACAGGAGGAACCUUCUAAAAGGUCGGAUGAUGGUUUCUUCGAGAGUGACGGCUGGUCUGUUUGGUCAGAGGAGGAUGAUGAUGAAAGUGCUGCACUGAGCUAUCCUGGGAUACUCAGCGAUUGCUCCUGGGAAAAAGGAGACAUGGCCAGUGAGCAGAUCGAUAAGAUCAGUAAUGCGUCCUUUGACAUCAACGGUCUGGAUGCAUUACUUGAUGAGGUGGAAAAAAUGCUGGGCCAGAAAGAGGAUGUGAAACUGCAGGUGAAACCUUCUAAUAAGAAUAACAUCAUGGAUGAAGUGAUCAGGAGAACCAUUGCGGAGAUCCUCUUUGCUGAGGUGGAUGAGAUUUCGAAAGAGCAGUAGAACCUUAAUGCCCUGGGCUUUGCUCAGGAUGAAGCUCUCCAACUGAUUCACUGUAAAUAGCUUGAUUUAAAUCAAUUAUCUGAAAUUCUAAUAAACCUCUAUUG